GCUGCAGCGGAUCUUCCUCCGCGGGACUUUCGCUUUCCUUUUCCACGGUGCGCGCAGCUGCCGGGAACCGUGCGCGCACAAGGCCGUGGAGAGCGGUGGGGGCUUCCACCCGGGGUGUCCCAGCACCCCAAAUCCCGGAUUGAGAGCCGCGCCCCGGGGGUCCCAGCCUGGGAGAAGCCGGCUUCCAAUUCCCCCUGCAGCGCGUUCCGCAGGUCAACUCCUCGGACCUUGGCCGGCCAGAGGAGAGAUCCAGCCCGGAGGGCGCGGCUCUUUCCGGGGAUCGGGGCCCUGGGCGCUGCGGAGCAGACAGGGUCGGGGAUCGACUGAGCGCCGGAUCCAAUCCCACCGAGUUAUGUCCGGGGGGUGGGGAGACCAGAGCAAGGCAGAGAAGCCCCCCCGACAAGCAUCCCGUAGCCAGGUGAGAUGGAGGGAGGCGAGGGAUGGGCGAGGCACUCUGCACAUGCUCGGCGGCUUCAGGUCAGGGGAGACGCCUCUCCUCCCGUGCGGAGAGCCCCACCCAAUGCAGAAAUUGGGGGGGGGGGGGCAAAGCUUCCUUUGCUGCUGAUGGGACCGGGGGAGGGGAGCGUUCCUAAACCAGAGCAAAGUCCUCGCCCCUUUCUUGGGAAGUGAAAGCGGCUAGGAAGAAAGUGAAAGUGAAAGGGAGCCGCUCGCUUAGCGGGGGGUGUGGGGGUGUCUUAGCUAAGGGGGGGGCCAAACCUCACCCACCUUGCAGGGCUGUCGUGAACAUAAAAUGGGGAGAACCAUUUUGGCCCCAGCAUCACACGCCUUAAUUGGGACGCGGGUGGCGCUGUGGGUUAAAUCACAGAGCCUAGGACUUGCCAAUCAGAAGGUCGCGGGUUCGAAUCCCCGUGAUGGGGUGAGCUCCCAUUUCUCAGUCCCUGCUCCUGCCAACCUAGCAGUUCAAAAGCACAUCAAAGUGCAAGUAGAUAAUAGCUACCCCUCCGGCGGGAAGGUAAACGGCGUUUCCGUGCGCUGCUCUGGUUCACCAGAAGCGGCUUAGUCAUGCUGGCCACAUGACCCGGAAGCUGCACACCGGCUCCCUCGGCCAGUAAAGCGAGAUGAGCACCGCAACCCCAGAGUCGGCCACGACUGGACCUAAUGGUCAGGGGUCCCUUUACCUAUCACACACCUUAAAACCUGGGCCAAAAUGGGAUGGUUAUAGAAGAUACGUUCAAAAAUACAAUAAUAAUUUUGACUCCGUGCUAGCAUUUGAGUGAUAAAGGAGGUGGACAACAAGUAAGGAUUUAUUAUGUUUUCAGAAUGCAUUGGAAAAAUUAUAUAGAAAGGUUUAUUGUUUUGCGUACAUUCAAUUUUAAGGCAAAAUAUAUGCAAAGAGACUUGACAGGAAGUCAAAGUUGAAGAAAAGAUUUUGGAAGAUAAAAGGGGGGAAAUAUUUACUUUCAUUAUGAUCAUUGUGGGUGUGCGGGUGUCCGCACAUAUGUAUGUUUUUGUAUGGGAUGUUUGGGAGGAAAUAAGACAGUAAAUAAACUAAAUAUUGAUGUAUGUAAUUUUUAUUUCUUAAUUAUAUUUAGUGGUAGUAUAGUUGUAUUGUUUUUUGUAACAUAAAAUCAUUCAAUAAAAAUGAUUUUAAAAAAUAAAAUAAAACCUAGGCCAAAAUCUAGGGGGGUGCCAGGAAUCAUAGUUUUGCAAGCUCCCUCCCGGCGUCUCACGCUAUAACUCCCAUCAGCCUUGGACAGCGUGGCCAAUUGUGCUCAUGGGCGACAAAGUUCAGCGAUACCCGUUUGUGCUGUUUUUAAGGGGCACCUUCUGUGUUCGCAGCGCCGGGAGCAAGGUCAGGCAGAGAGCAGAGGUGGUUCACCGUCAAAGCGAACAUCGAGUCGGGCAGAAAAAGGCUCUCUGGACUCAGAGCCGCAGGCAAGUAACAGAGUCAUCUUCUUAAGCUACUGACGAGAAGUUCAUUAAAUUCAUUUUUUCCAAUAUUGUGCUUUUAUACCAUUGCAAUUUGCCAUGGGAACCUCAUGCUGAGGGGCAGGUGAGAAACCAAUAAGAUAGCAAUGGUGAUUAUAUUAAUCAUCAAGAUGGAGGGGUUGUUGCUUGCAUCCGUCUCUGUAUCAAGAGACAAUGGAGUGUGCCUCCAGGGGUGAAGUCAAAGCACUGUGUUUGCAGCUCUGAAGCGACUUUCCUGGGGUGCAAGCCUCCAUCGAGGUCCUGGGUUUCCCAGGGGGCAAGACUUCUUGGGGUUCUUGGCCUUGCUGAGUGUUCCGUUCCGAAGGCAAAGGAAGGAUUGGACCCUGAUUAAUAAAAUACACACAAGGUUUGGCCAGCAAGACUCUGAGAGGAAGUGCCAAUACUAAUCUGCCACUCCCUGGCCCAGGCUUGACAACCAUAUGUCAGGAGUUCUCUGAUGGUGUUUCCUGCUUGGCAGGGGGUUGGACUCGAUGGCCCUUGUGGUCUCUUCCAACUCUAUGAUUCCAUGAUUCUAUUCUAGGUCUCUUUUAUUAACAAGAGAACUUUUAACACAGCGCUUGUAAGAACCAAUCAGAUUUCCUUUGAGCAUUAAAAAAAAACACCACCAAAUGGGGACAAAGUUAAAACUGCAAAGAACUAAUUUGAGCAUGCAUACAUUUUGGGUAGGGACGCGGGUGGCGCUGUGGGUUAAGCCACAGAGCCUAGGACUUGCCGAUCGGAAGGAUGGCGGUUCAAAUCCCCGCAACGGGGUGAGCUCCCGUUGCUUGGUCCCUGCUCCUGCCAACCUAGCAGUUCGAAAGCACGUCAAAGUGCAAGUAGAUAAACAGGUACCGCUCCAGCGGGAAGGUAAAUGGCAUUUCCGUGCGCUGCUCUGGUGUCAUGCUGGCAACAUGACCUGGAAAAACUGCGGACAAAUGGCGGCUCCCUCGGCCAGUAAAGCGAGAUGAGCGCCGCAAAACCCAGAGUCGGCCACGACUGGACCUAACAGUCAGGGGUCCCUUUACCUUUACAUUUUGGGUAAAUAAAACAGGAAUCAAGGAGGAAUGCAUUUAGCAAACCCCAGAGGUAAUAAGCAGGAAGCAAGCAGGAAAGGAAGGACAGGCAAGGAAAGAUAGUAUUUACCAUCUCCUUGUGAACUCUCUUCCUGGCCCUUGUUUAGGCAUUUAGUCGUGUCCGACUCUUCCAAUUCCACUGAGAGCCAGUGUGGUGUAGUGGUUAAGAGCGGUAGUCUCGUAAUCUGGGGAACCGGGUUUGAGUCUCCGCUCCUCCACCUGCAGCUGCUGGGUGACCUUGGGCCAGUCACACUUCUCUGAAGUCUCUCAGCCCCACUCACCUCACAGAGUGUUUGUUGUGGGGCAGGAAGGGAAAGGAGAAUGUGAGCCGCUUUGAGACUCCUUCGGGUAGUGAGAAAGCGGGAUAUCAAAUCCAAACUCUUCCCCUUCUUCUUUUUCUUCUUCUUCUUCUCCCCACCUUGAAAACCUGCACACACCCCUUUUCAGCCAGCCCCCCAAAAAGUACAGGGAUGGAGCCUGCCUAGCAUCAAUUGGCAGGGAGUUCCAAAGUGCAGGUGCUGUCCCGGAAAAGUAAUCUCUGCUUCAGAAUGGAAAAACCCGGGGUCAAGAUCCCAGGUUGGCCGCAAACUUCCCAUUUGACCUGGAGCCUGUCCCUUGGCCUACCUCACAGGGCUGAUGUUAGGAUUAGGGGCUGGGUGAAAGUUGCAUUGUCAUAGGUAGUGGCUGGGAAUCUGGGGUCCUGCUUGCAAGCUUCUUCCCAUGGGGGCAUCUGGGCAGUAAAAUAAAAAAAAUUAAGGUCAUGUCAUAUAUAUAUAUAUAUAUAUAUAUAUAUAUAUAUAUAUAGUAAACGUUCCUAACUGCAUAUAUAAACCACAUGUCUGAAACCCCACAGAAAAAGUCCUGAAACCAUUUUGUCCCUCCCAAAUUGACCUCAAAUAUUUUUCUGCAAGGUCGAAGGAAAAUGGAAAAGCCUCCCCGUUGUGUUUUCCUUCGCAAAUCCUGUCUUAAGGGUAUGUCUGUGUAUGACUAGGGUGAGCCUGUGACCUGGCUCAGGAACUAAGUAUUUGUCACUACAGAAGACUGGCUCCCCAGGGUAUCCGAUCAAGUGACCAUUAACAGGUAACCUGCCAGACAGGAGGUAAACAAGGCACUCAAAUUUCUGUUGUAGACCACCUUUUCUGUGAUGUAGGUAUGAUGUUUCUGGGGGUGGUCUUGAACUCCAGGGCGAGCAAUUUAAAAUGUCUAUAUAAGGGCGGGCACACCUUGGUUCUGGGUCCUCCUCCUUUCCUGCGUGUGAAGGGGGCAGCCUGUUGCAACAGUUCAAUAAAAAUCAGGCUUAUGAGCUGCUUUGCUUCUCAAUAUUCUCUGGUUGGCCUCUGCUAUUUUCCCCGACCGAUGGAGAACCUGCAAAGGACUCUAUAAGGGCUCUUUGUCCCCCAUAAGGGAAUAAGGGCAGAUUUCUGUUUAUUACAGCAGACACUGUCGGAACAGGAUGCUGUGCUACGUGGGGCCCCUUUGGCUCUUUAAUCCACCUGCAGGGUUCAUGUAUGAGCAAGUUGAGACUCCUGCCUUGCAGGGGGUUGGACUAGAUGACCGCUGGGUUCCCUUCGAUUCUCUUCCAAGGCAGCAUUCCCAGUGUGUGGCUAUUGUCUCCUUAGUGAGGCUGGUCUUCUCUCUUGCUUGCUUUAUGUUCGUUCUGCUUUUAAGAGGCUUCUUCUCGUUGUCUACAGCCUUUGAAAUCGAACAGCCGCUAUUAUUCACCAAUGGGAGGAACCUCAAGCCAGACGAAAACCAACCCUCCACAGUCAGAGGUGCAGGCAAGUCCUAAAAUCAACGCCAGGAAAUCCCAGGGCUGGUUUUAACUUCCAGGCACCCCCUCAAUGGGGGUCUUUGGGCUGCUUCGCUGCCAUGGAUGCUUAAGUUGAGAUUCCUGCCUUUUAGGGGGUUGGACUAGAUGACCUGGGGGGUCCCAUCCAACGCUACAAUUCUAUUAUUCCUCAUGUCACUUGCCUCCUUGGAAUCGCAGGAUUGCAAAGUUGGAAGGGACUCCUAAGGGGCAUCUAGUCCAACCCCACUGCAAUGCAGGAAUGUCAUCAUCAUCAUCAUUUUUUCUUUGUACGCCGCCUUUCCAGAGUUAAAACAAUGGUCAAGGCGGCUCACAAUAUGAAAAGAUUUACAUAAUUGCAAACAUGCAAAGUAGUCACAAAAAUAAACAAAACACAUUAAAAACUGCAAAACCAAACUGAACAAUUUCCACCUAAAAGUAAAGAUACAAAAAGUCAAUAUCAGUAACAACAGCAAUAACUCCCAACAAAAUGUGAGAAGCUUUGCUGCUAUUACUGGUCAUUAUGACUAUUAUUACUCUGUUGUUGCAUGUCGGGGAAAAGGAGCCUAGGGCAGGAAGGCUGAUUGCCCGACGCAAUAGUAUAGUACAACCUGGCGCCCUCCCGGCGUCUCACGCUAUAACUCCUAUCAGCCUUGGACAGCAUGGCCAGUGCUCAUGGGCGACAAAGUUCAGCGAUACCCGUUUGUGCUGUUUUUAAGGGGUACCCUCUGUGUUCGCAGCGCUGGGAGCAAAGUCAGGCAGAGAGCAGAGGUGGUUCACCGUCAAAGCGAACAUUGAGUCGGGCAGAAAAAGACUCUCUGGACUCAGAGCCGCAGGCAAGUAACAGAGUCAUCUUCUUAAGCUACUGAUGGGAAGUUCAUUAUUUUUUCCCAAUAUUGUGCUUUUAUAUCAUUGCAAUUUGCCAUGGGAACCUCAUGCUGAAGGGCAGGUGAGAAACCAAUAAGAUAGCAAUGGUGAUUAUAUUAAUCAUCAAACAUGGAGGGGUUGUUGCUGGCAUCCAUCUCUGUCUCGAGGGACAAUGGAGUGUGCCUCCGGGGGUGAAGUCAAAGCACUGUGUUUGCAGCUCCGAAGCGACUUUCCUGGGGUGCAAGCCUGCAUCAAGGUCCUGGGCUUCCCAGGUGGCAAUACUUCUUGGGGUUCUUGGCCUAGCUGAGGGGUUUCAAAGGAAAGCACAGCAAGACAUUUGACACCUGUUUGGCUGCAGGAGUGCCGGAAGAAGGCAUACAAGGUGCCAGCCAACCAUCCUAGGAGGCUCCCACAACCCCAGGCAUAGCUGUCAAGUGUCCCUUAUUUGAAGGGACAGUCCCUUAUUCCAGCGCCAUGUCCCGCUGCUGUCCCUUAUUGAUGGAUGUCCCUUAAAUGAUGUCCCUUAAAUUUCAAAGGAAGCAGCUCCUCUCCCUCCCUCCCUGCCGGCCAGGGAGGAGGGAGGCUCCAACUGUGUUGCUUGGCUGUGUUGCUCACCCAAUAAGAAGUCUAAGAACGACUGGGGGGUGGAGCUUGCAUGCCUUGUGUGUGGCUAGUUAAUGCACGCUGAGGGGUUUUUGGAAUGCUGGACGCCAUUUUGUUGCACGUGCUGCUGCAAACUUUGCAGUGCAAAGCCAGGCCGGGAGCCAUCUUAGGUUGAGGCUGCAUAGGCCUUGUGGUGCAUGUGAUUCAGAUUCUAUUCAGUUGAACCUCUGGUUACAAAGUUGGUUGGACAGUGUUCUCGAAGCUACCAGCAUGAGUUUGACCAGACUGCAGGAGGACAGGAAGACUGGAGUGCCUGGAACAGGUGAGGGUGCAGGUCCUUUCUUUUGGCUGCUGGUCCCUUAUUUUCAAGGCUGCUGGUCCCUUAUUUUCAAAUCUGUAAGUUGACAGCUAUGGCCCCAGGGGGUUGAGAGUAAUGAGAUCUGGAUCCCAGCAAACAGUGAUGAGACUCUUAAAAGCAGCAUGAACCUGUUUGGGCUCACCUGUCCGGAGUUUUGGUUUGGGGUGCCAUCAGUAUGCUGAUGACACCCAACUCUAUCUGUUGAUGGACGGCCAUCCUGACUCGGCCCCAGACACACUGAUCAGAUGUCUGGAAGCUGUGGCUGGAUGGUUACGUGGGAGCCAGUUGAAGUUAAAUCCUUCGAAGACAGAGGUCCUUUGGCUGGGUCGGGACGAUAUGGGAUUGAGGGGGCAACUCCCAUCUCUUGCGGGGGAGCAAUUAGUGCCAGCACCGUCCGUUAAGAGUUUGGGUGUAAUCUUUGACACCUCUCUUUCCACGGAGGCGCAGAUUGCAGCUAUAACAAAGGCGGCAUUUUUUCAUCUCCGCCAAGCUAAGCAGUUGGCUCCUUACCUUUCUCGCCCUGACCUCGCCACUGUGAUCCAUGCAAAGGUCACCUCCAGACGGAAUUAUUGUAACUCGCUCUACGUGAGGCUGCCCUUGAGACUGACCCAGAAACUCCAGCGGGUGCAGAAUGCCGUGGCGAGACUCCUUACAGGGUCCUUGCUGCGGGAUCACAUUCACCCAGUGAUACACCAGCUGCACUGGCUCUCGGUGGAGUACAGGAUCAGGUUCAAGGUGCUGGUUUAGACCUUUAAAGCCCUAUAUGGCCUAGGACCCUCGUACCCACGGGACCGCCUCUCCUGGUAUGUCCCACAGAGGACCUUACAGUCUUCAGACAAAAACAUCUUGGAGGUCCCGGGCCACAGGGAGGUUAGGCUGGCCUCAACCAGAGCCAGGGCUUUCUCGGCUGCGGCUCCGAUCUGGUGUAACGUUCUGUCCCAAGAGACUAGGGCCCUGCGGGACUUGACAUCUUUCCACAGGACCUGCAAGACAGAGCUGUUCCACCUGGCCUUUGGCCAGGGCACAGUCUGACCCCCUCCUUCUGUGAUCCUCAUAGAACUCUAGCCCAAUGGUUGCCAUUAAUUUGAUUUUGAACUGAUUUUAAAACAAAUUGAUUUUAGAAUGCUGUGUUACUUUUAUUGUUGUUAGCCGCUCUGAGCCCGGCUUCCGCUGGGGAGGGAGGUUGUUGGUUUUUUUGUUUUUUUUAUUAUUAUUAUUAUUAUUAUUAUUAUUAUUAUUAUCAUUUCUAUUUACAGGACCAGGUUCAAGACACGGCAGAGAGUGGAAGUUGCACCACAGCAAACGGAGCAUCAAGUCAGACAGAGGCGGGCUCUCUGGAGUCACAGCUGCAGGCAAGUAACUGAGAGGCAUCAUAGUCUUGUAGCGUUGGAAGGGACCCCAAGGGGCAUCUAGUCCAACCCCCUGCAGAACAGGAAUAAUAGCCUGGUGACAUUCAAAAGAGGAAAAGUUAACUGCAUAUUUUUCUUCUUUUUCAAAAGCCAAUUAAAACUAUUUCAUUUAAUUAAUUGGUCAUAAACAAUAAAAACCCCCAAACAACCCAAGUGUUCAGCAACCUCAGCUUUGUGCAGUUGGAGUCAGUCCAGACCUCACCCUCCUAGACUCCUCUUACAAGGCCUGUUAUGUAGCUCAAGGAGUUUCCCACAGGGCUCGCCGCACCUCCCUGCUUAGAUUGCCUUGACAGCCUGGGACCUUCCCUCUUUUGCAGACUUUGAGGGGUUCCUUGCACCCCUUGGCCUCCAAAUUCCUCCAGGCCCAGGAGGUGGUUGUCCGAAUCGCUGCCCAGCUGUUGGCCGACGAUCAGCCCCUGAGAAGCAGCCUGCCAGCCACAAAGCCCAACCUGCUAGAAGCCAACCAGUGGCUCCGUCGUCAGCUGAGCGAGCAAAAGGAGCUAGUUUUCCAGCUGCGGGAGACAAAUCGGCAGCUUCAGAGCAUCCAGGAAGAGCAAACGACCCGCAGGCUGGAAGAGAACCGGCAGCUGCAGGAGCAGAAAGAGAAAGUGUCCCGUCUGCUGGAGGAGAAGCAACAAGUCCAGGAGAAGUUGGAGGACCAGGAAAAACUGGUGUCCGAACUACUGGGAAAGAAUGGGGAGCUUCAGCAGGAGCUGGAGAAGAAGGACAUUCGAGUGUCACACUUGGUGCAAGAGAACGACUGGCUCCGUCAAGAGAAUGCGAGACUCCAGAGGAGCCCCGGAUCCCAGAGAUGGACUUCUUCCUCCUGGCCCAGUUCUGCUCCCACACUCACAGGUAAGCACAGCCCAAAUGCAGCCAUUUUGAGUGUGAGUGCCUGGAAGCGGUUGGAGGAUGGAUGGCAACCAACAGAUUGAGGUUGAAUCCUGACAAGACAGAGGUACUCUUUUGGGGGGACGGAGUGGCCAGGUGUGGAGGACUCCCUGGUCCUGAAUGGGGUAACUGUGCCCCUGAAGGACCAGGUGCGCAGCCUGGGAGACGUUUUGGACUCACAGCUGUCCAUGGAGGUGCAGGUCAAUUCUGUGUCCAGGGCGGCUGUCUACCAGCUCCAUCUGGUACGCAGGCUGAGACCCUCCCUGCCCACGGACUGCCUCACCAGAGUGGUGGAUGCUCUGGUUAUCUCCCGCUUGGACUACUGCAAUGCACUCUACAUGGGGCUAUCUUUGAAGGUGACCCGGAAACUACAACUAAUCCAGAAUGUGGCAGCUAGACUGGUGACUGGGAGCGGCCGCCGAGACCACAUAACACCGGUCCUGAAAGACCUGCAUUGGCUCCCAGUAGGUUUCCGAGCACAAUUCAGAGUGUUGGUGCUGACCUUUAAAGCCCUAAACGGCCUCAGUCCAGUAUACCUGAAGGAGCGUCUCCACCUCCAUCAUUCUUCCCAGACACUGAGGUCCAGCACCGAGGGCCUUCUGGUUGUUCCCUCCCUGCGAGAAGUGAGGUUACAGGGAACCAGACAGAGGGCCUUCUCAGUGGUGGCACCCACCCUGUGGAACGCCCUCCCAUCAGAUGUCAAAGAGAACUACCAACUACCAAACUUUUAGAAGACAUCUGAAGUCGGCCCUGCUUAGGGAAGUUUUUGAUGUCUGAUGUUUUCUCGUCUUUUUGAUAUUCUGUUGGGAGCCACUCAGAGUGGCAGGGGAAACCCAGCCAGAUAUUAUUAUUAUUAUUAUUAUUAUUUAUUAUUAUUCCGGGAAGAUGGUUUGACUACAACUCCAGCUGCAUGUGGAGGAGCGGAGACGCGAACACGGUUCCCCAGAUUACGAGUCCACCGCUCUUAACCACUACACCACACUGGCUCUCAGAGGUGAGAUUCCAGCCAUGAACUGAAAGGGGUCUCUCUCUCUCUCCCCAUUCCCUUCUUCCCUUCCUCCUGUCCCCAGCCUUCCCUGUGCAGGUCUGGACCACUGGGCAGACGGGAGGCUGCGAAAAGGACAUUGUCAACGACGUCUCCAAGCUCCUGGCAGGCCACGGGAUCUCCCUCCAGCAGGAGGGUUACGAAGAGAAGUCUGACCGCUUCCUCCUCCUCUUCUGCCCUGUCUCCUCCCGCGUGGGCAGCGACACACUCUGUGCCCUGGCGGCGCUGAACAGUGAGUAGCUCUUGCAGGGCAAGCAGGUCUGCACUCUGCCCCACGCAGACAAACAGCUCGCAUUCACGUCCCCCCUUGCGAGCAUCCCAGUAAGGGCAUCUGGUUGGCCACUGGGGAAACAGGAUACUAGACCAGGUGAGCAUCCUCUGGCCUGAUCCAGCCAACAGGCUCAUGUCAUGGGCUUUAAAAAGGUACAGGGUACCUCUGGAUGCGAACGGGACCCGUUCCAGAGCCCCAUUCACAUCCAGAAGCAAACGCACCCCGCGUUUCGCCGCUUCUGCGUAUGCACGUGACAUCAUUUUGACUGUCUGCGCAUGCACGAGCAGCGAAACCCGGAAGUAACGCGCUCCACACCCCGAACCUGAAGCGGCUAUAACCCGAGGUAUGACUGUACAAAUUGACUCCAGUCUUUAGAGAAUACUCCAUCUUCCUGGUUUCUUAAUACAGUCAUACCUCGGGUUGAAGUAGCUUCGGGAUAAGUAUUUUCGGCUUGCAUGCUGUGGCAACCCGGAAGUAAUGGAGCACGUUACUUCCGGGUUUCACCACUCGCGCAUGCGCAGACGCUCAAAAUGACGUCACGCGCAGAAGCGGCAAAUCAUGACAUGCGCAGACGUGGGUUGCGUUCGCUUCUGGAUGUGAACGGGGCUCCGGAACAGAUCCCGUUCACAUCCAGAGGUACCAAUGUAAUAAUAAUAAUAAUAAAUAACAUCAAUGAUAAUGAUAAUGUUUCUGUUCCAUUUCCCCCCACCCCAGGAGUGCGAAAAGCCGUCUUGGUCGUCCUUCACCACAAGCCGAAGGGCAGCACCCAAGAGAUCUUAGACACCCAGCGGCAGGUCCAGCACGAAGCCCUGGUGCGCACGGUGCAUGCCUGCUACAGCAUCCAGGACGGAUUCUACCCCUGCGAGAUGAACGAGGCCGCCGUGGCGUCCGUGGCAAAGGCCAUCCAGGAGCAGAGGAGGAGCUGAGCCACAGAUCCGGCGCUCCGACUUCUGUAGGGUGGUUGAUUGCGGUGGGCAUGCAAAAUCGAGUUUUCGGGGAAUGAGGGUGCUCACGUUUUUCGGACAGACCUGGCCUGGCUUGCUACCUCCAGGCUGCCUCCACUCACCCUGGGAUGUCAUGAUAACGGGUGCAGAGCUCUCGGAAGAAGGUGUCUUGUCAGAGUCAGAGCCUCGGGUCCAUCUAAGUCUACACUGUCUACACAGGCUGGCAGGGUUCUCUCCCCGCCCUACCUGGAGAUGCCAGUGGAGAGUUUACCUUGGACCUUCUGCAGGCCAAGCAGGUGUCCUAGCACUGGCUGCCUUCAGCCGGGGAGAACGUCACCUUGCAAGUUUCCAAAACCCAUCGGCCCACUUCCAGCCGUGAUGCUACCUGGAGGGAGCUAAAAGCCAGCCUUUUUGCAGCAACUCUGCCUUACAAAACCACGUUGCUGGAACAGCUCUUGAAUCUGGUUGCUCCAGGAGAGAAGUGCAAAGUUUUAAAUUUUGAAAUCAGGGUUUUUUAGAAUUGCAAUUGGGGUUCAAGUGCCAAGGGUGGUGGUUGAGAAAUUUGGGUCACCCGUGCUCCCUCCCAGACAUCCAAAAUCUGCAGCCGACUUGCAAAUGUCUGACCAUGUGCAUAUGUGCUUUUCACACAAGGAGCACACACGCAACUGUGUGAAGGUUGUCACGGUUGCUAAACGUGCUGUUGCACUGACGACGGAGAUCUGAGCACCCUCUCUAGGCUUCUGCUUGUAUGUGUUUGCGUGGCUGGAUUUGCAUUGGUGACGGGGGUCUUUUCGGUUUUCUAAGCCUCUAAGAGGAAGGCGUAAAAUUAGAGCUACACUUCAGGGGUGGUGUUGGGGACAGAGAAGGCAAAUUCGGGUCUGCUCAUGCACCUGUAUUAGCAACUGUUGUGUCCCCAGUGUGAAAUAUGGAAAUAAAGCUAAUAAAUUGGGCUACUGAGCCACUGACUGCGUUUUUGUUCCCUACAAAAUCCAGCCUGUGAACGACCCUUUUUAUCACAGACCUGAGAGAUCGGCCUAUGCAUGCUGCGAAUUUGUAUUGUCAGCGAUGCAUCCUAAAAUAAUUUUCAGAACUGCGAGUGAUUUUUCAGCCUGAGGAAGAGCAAAUAGAGUCCGGGGUUACGAACACACCAUACAUUUAAAGCAUAUUUUCCCUCCAUGGAAUCUAGUGGGGAAAAUGUGCUUUAUAGUUAUGGCAUGUUUGCAGGCAGAGACUGAGAAAUCUUAGUGAACCUUGCUGUUUGUCUCUAUAAAGUGGUACCUUGGUUCUCAAACGCUUUGGUACUCAAACAACUUGGAACCCAAACAACUUGGAACCCAUAAGUGUUCCGGUUUGCGAACUUUUUUUGGAAGCCGAAUGUGCUCCGUUUUGAGUGUUACACUGAAAUCUGUCUGCUUUUGCUAUUUAUUUUGCAUUUUUGUUUUUGCGGCUCUUAUUUUUUUGUGACUGUGUGGAACCCAGUUCAGCUACUGAUUGAUUGUGUGACUGCAGUACAUUGUUUAUUGCUUUCAUUUUAUGGAUCAGUGGUCUCGUUGGAUAGUAAAAUUCAUGUUC